ACCGCCUGCUAUCAAGAAGCCGAUUAUACUAAAACCUCUGCGGGUUUCAUUGCGGUCUUUGUGUCAUAACGGACGCGUAAUUUGGCCAUGCUCUUAUAACACGACAAACCGCGCGCUCAUUCUGGGGAGAUUUUGUCAACGUAUAAGAUGUUGGAUACAUGAAAAUUGGAUACGGGGAAAUAAUAUUGACAAUAAAUGUACUUGUUCCCAGAGGAACUUUCCUAGGGCGGAUGAAGUGCGCAGUGAGGAAAGUCCGGAUUCACCUGUGCUUUUGGUUAUAGGAGUUUUAGGAUCGCAAGAGUCUGGCAUUGUGGUUUUGUUAACUGGUAAACUUACAUUUAUUUGACAUGUUAUGUCUUUUUAAGCAAUAUAUUCUUUCGUCUCAAGAUUACAUAAUAUUUUGGAGAAAAAGCUUUAAAACCAAACUUCAAGUGAGUCAAAUGUGUAUUAUAAAUAUUUCAUGGAAAAUUAACACACAAAUUGAGUCCAAAGAAGUAUGAACAGAACACAUAUUUGCUAGUUUAUUUUGAUUAUUAUUUUUAUUUUAUUUUUUCCAGUUUAUCCUAUUUGAAAAGCUCAAUUUGAGGUUUUGUUUUGUGGUGUAUACACUUUGCUUUCCAUUUGGAAAACAUCAGGACCUUCACUGUCAGAUUAGGAAAUUAUGAUGCUGCAAUUUAUUUUGUGAGAUUUUGGUCAAUACAUUCCAUUUGUCACUCUGAAAACGCAUUGACAUCAGACUUUGAAUUAUGGAUGGAGAUGGACACCUUGGUGAUGCCAGACCCACUGCUUCAAAUGGCGAUUCUAAACUCAGCACUAAGAGUGGCUUCUCCCUUCCUAGCUGGUGUUCCUCUUCAAGGACCUUUAUGCGAGGGGAGCGAGUGGGAGAGGAGGUAAGCAGAAGACUGCGGUCCAUUGUGAAUCACCACCAGGAACGAACAGACUCGGGGGGCAAUCCCAGCUCAAAAUCCUUUGAGGUUACAGAAGGGUCGGAUGGCACGUCUGCAACCACCACUGUGAGCAAAUCGCCUGGACAUAGUCCACCUCGCAUGGACAAAGCCAUGCACGAGUCAACGGGGCCUACGAGUGUCCCCCUGCCAUAUGAAUCAGAGGAAGGGGACUUCACUGACCAAUCCACAUAUAUCCAGAGACAAUUCAGCGCCAUGCUGCAGCCAGGUGUGAACAAGUUCUCCUUGCGAAUGUUUGGUAGUGCAAAGGGUGUAGCAGCCGAGCAGGAGCGGGUAAAGUCAUUUGGGGCGUGGAUUAUACAUCCAUACAGUGACUUCAGGUUCUAUUGGGACUUCGUUAUGCUUUGCUUGAUGAUGGGCAACCUUGUCAUUCUACCAUGGGGAAUCACCUUCUUUGAAGAUCAGAACACACUGCCGUGGAUCUCCUUCAAUGUGGCCUCCGACACACUCUUCCUGGCCGACCUCAUCAUCAACUUCCGUACCGGCAUUACGGAGGGCGACAACUCCCAGAUCAUCCUGGACCCGAAAGUGAUCCGUCGGCAUUACCUGCGAGGCUGGUUUCUGGUAGACUUCAUCUCCUCCAUCCCAGUGGACUACAUCUUCCUGAUUGUGGAUAUAGAGGCCCGGCUAGAGUCAGCGGAGGUGUACCGCACCGCUAGGGCAUUGCGCAUCGUCCGCUUCACCAAGAUCCUCAGUCUGCUCAGAUUAUUGCGUUUGUCCAGACUUAUACGGUACAUUCAUCAGUGGGAAGAGAUAUUCCAUAUGACCUAUGAUCUAGCAAGUGCAGUGGUUCGCAUAGUGAAUCUGAUUGGAAUGAUGCUGCUGCUGUGUCACUGGGAUGGCUGCAUGCAGUUCAUGGUACCCAUGCUGCAAGACUUCCCAGCAAACUCCUGGGUCUCCAAAAACAACAUAGUGAAUGCCACCUGGGAUGUCCAGUACUCUUAUGCCCUAUUUAUGUCCAUGAGUCAUAUGCUGUGUAUUGGGUACGGAGCUCAGGCACCAGAGGGAACAACUGAUGUCUGGCUGACUAUGAUUAGCAUGAUCAUUGGCGCCACCUGCUACGCCAUGUUUUUAGGCAAUGCCACCAACCUGGUCCAGUCAUUGGAUGCCUCCCAUCGUCAGUACCAAGAGAAGUAUAAGCAAGUGGAACAGUACAUGUCCUUUCACAAGCUGCCUGCUGACAUGAGACAGAGGAUCCAUGAUUACUAUGAGCAUCGCUUCCAGGGCAAGAUGUUUGAUGAGGAAAACAUCCUUGGAGAACUCAGUGACCCACUCAAAGAGGAGAUAGUGAACUACAACUGCCGUGGGCUGGUGGCUAACAUGCCACUCUUUGGGAAUGCUGAUCCUCACUUCGUCACAGUGCUCCUCACAAAAUUACGGUUCGAGGUCUUUCAGCCGGGUGAUAUUAUCAUCCGCGAAGGGACGCUGGGUCGCAAAAUGUACUUCAUCCAACAUGGCUGUGUCAGUGUGAUCACUCACGACAAUAAGGAAAAGAAACUUAAUGAUGGCAGCUACUUUGGGGAAAUAUGUCUACUUACCCGUGGACGUCGUACAGCCAGCGUCAGGGCAGAUACCUACAGCAGACUUUAUUCACUCAGUGUGGACAACUUUAAUGAGGUUUUGGAAGAGAACCCAUUAAUGAGAAGAGCAUUUGAGAGCGUAGUUGCGGACCGCCUGGACAGGGAGGGAAAAUGCAUUGUGUCUUCACACAAAACCAUGGAUGAUGAUGGGGACUGACAAAUUCUUUGCGUGAUCUGUUCUGCUCACCUUGGUGAACCUUGACUUACCAGAGACCAACUGAUAGAAGAUAAAAAUGAAUGUAGAAAAAGUGGAGGAAAGUGUUACAGUGUCCCCACAUAAGCACGAUCUUGCUAAAUUAACUGACUUUAAUGACAAUGUACAUUUGCAGUAUGAUUUGAUUUAUCUAAUCAAAUAUGUUUUCUGUUCUUCCUGUAACAAUGCAAUGUAUAAGAAUAUAAAAAUAAGCAAUACCGGUCCUAUACUUCUAAUAAUAUUUAGCUGUCUAUUGAGAGAACAGAUCUAUAAUUCACUUUAUAGUGAAUCAUCAAAAUCAUCAGUUUUUAUGGUUUGUUAGUUACCAGGGACUUUGUUCAACAUGGUGGACAAAGCAAAAUGCGUUCAGCAAUAUAUAUUACAAUACAAUUAAAUGAGCGUAAUACAACAUAAUAAACAUAGACAUAAAACUUGGUUCACAAAGAAAAUGUUUACAAAUAAACCUACUGUUUUAACUGUUACUGUUAAUCAUAGUAGCAAAAGAUGUCUGCUAACUCCAAGUCUUUACUGAGCUAGGACAGCCUGUCCAAUGUCCUCUUCACUUUGAAUAGGUAUUAAACAAUGUGAGUCAUAUAAUCACUGAUUAAACUAAUUGCAUUCUGCCCUGACACAGGAUAAUCAGUCAUGAAGAAACUAAACCUUUAGGAAGAAGAUGUUUUCAAUUGUUAAAAAGCAUUUCAUAGGGUAGCUCAGUGGUAAAAUAUGCUGGCUACCUACCCUGGAGUUCGCUAGCUCGCUAGUUCGAAUCCCAGGGUGUGCUGAGUGACUCCAGCCAGGUCUCCUAAGCAACCAAAUUGGCCCAGUUGCUAGGGAGGGUAGAGUCAUAUGGGGUAAACUCCUCGUGGUCGCUAUAAUGUGGUUCAUUUUCGGUGGGGCGCAUGGUGAGUUGAGAGUGGAUGCCAUGGUGGAUGGUGUGCAGCCUCCACACGCACUAUAUCUCCAUUGGCAACAUGCUCAACAAGCCACGUGAUAAGAUGCGCAGGUUGACGGUCUCAGACGCGGAGGCAACUGGGAUUCGUCCUCCGCCACCCAGACUGAGGUGAAUCACUACGUGACCACGAGGACUUAAAAGCACAUUGGGAAUUGGGCAUUCCAAAUAAAAAAUAAAAAAAAGCAUUUCAUAAAUUAAGUUUUUAAUUAUAUUUUGUUAGUAACAUUUCUAUGAGUGAUUGGAAAUGUAAACCCCACACAAUCUGAUAUUACCGAGAUGCAUAUUGAGUAUUGUUGAUAAAAUAUUGAAAGUAUAAGAACAUCUAAGAACAGUGUGAUUUGAAAGUUUAUUUCCUUCAUGUGUUUAUACUUAUGUACUGUAAUGUAAGGUUUCUAAAUAUAAAUGCUAAUAUGAACUGUUCUAGUCAAAUAUUACUAUAUUAUUAAAGUGCUGUUGGAGUUGUUUUCAGCAGCACUUUAAGCUAAAACCUUACAUGUUUGGAAACUAGGCUACACAUGGUAUCUGUAAGUGUCUGUCCUGACAGUAAGAUGCUGUGAUGAUUGCUACCACUAGGUUGCAAUAAAAAGUCUUACUUGAAUGCAUACAGAUACGGUGCUUACUAGAAUACAACCUUAACUACUACAUUGUCGCAUAGCGUUUAGUAGAGUAUUCAGUUAACAUGCAUGAUGCUUUAUGGUUCAUGUCAUCCAGUAACACAAGAAAGCACUGCUUUAUUAUUUUAGGAGAAUUACAG